AUGGGAAACAUCAGCUCUUGUUUCUACGCACAAUCCCACGCCGCAAAGCUUAUUGAUCUUCAGCACAAUACUCUGAGUCUCGUCCACGUUCCGAUAACGGCUGCGGAGCUAAUGCUCGAACAUCCCGGCUACGUAGUCUCCCCGCUGAUCGAUUUCCGGUGUGGUUUCCGACUAUCUGCUAUGAAAGCCGAUGAGAUUGUAUCCGGAGGCACGGUUUAUAUAUUGAUUCCUGUUACGAGAGUGCACGGAAAGCUUUCAGAAUCAGAGAUGGCAAUUAUCGAGUCGGCUUCCGGUGAGAGGAGAUCGAAACGACGCAGUUCUAGGGUUCUGCCGGUGGUCACAGAGAUCUCCGGCGAGGGUGCUGAUAAUCCGGUUAAGGUAUUUGGAGAAGUGAGGGAUAUUGGAGUUCCGAUUGACCGGAAUCGGAUGAGACAAUGGAAACCCGCUCUGGAACCAAUUUAUGAGGGAAUUUGA